AUGGAGGUCGAAAAGACUUCGACGGCCUUGGCCGGGGCCCCUGAGCUUGAGGAGGGACAUUUCCCCACGGGCUUCAAGCUCAUCUCCAUCCUGGCAUCUCUCGUCGUGUCUUAUUUCCUCGUCUUCCUCGACGGGUCCAUCAUGUCCACCGUGUCGCCCGCCAUCACUACCGAGUUCGACUCGCUGGUAGAUAUCGGUUGGUACGGCAGCGCGUACCAGGUUGGCGCCACGGCAUUUCAGCCGUUGAGCGGCAAGAUAUAUAGAUACUUCUCUGUCAAGUGGUCCUUUGUCGGCUUCUUUCUCAUCUUCGAGAUCGGGUCGGUGCUGUGCGCCGCGGCACAAUCGUCGCGCAUGCUCAUCGUGGGCCGUGCUAUCGCCGGCGUGGGGUCAGCAGGAAUUUUCGCCGGCACAAUGACCACUGUUGCCAACAUUCUCCCGCUGCAGAAACGGCCGGCAAUCAUGGGAAUCAACACGGGCAUCGGCCAGCUGGGCGUUGCGUUUGGUCCGAUCAUAGGAGGUGCCUUUACGUCGAAUGCGUCCUGGCGCUGGGCUUUCUACCUCAACCUGUUCCUGGGAGUCCUAGUAGCCGCCGGCUUCCUCUUCAACACGAUCCCCGAGUCCCAUGCCAAGCAGCCGGCGCGUGAAGUAUUCGGUACCGCCCUCAAGUCACUAGACCUGGUCGGAAUGAUGCUCGUGGCCCCCGCUGUUAUCAUGUUCCUUUUGGCCCUGGAAUACGGCGGCAACGAGUACGCCUGGAACAGCUCAGUGGUGAUCGGUCUGCUCGUCGGAGCCGCCGUCACAUUUGCCAUCUUUCUGGUGUGGGAGCACCGCCAGGGCGACGGGGCUAUGAUCCCGUUCGCCAUGAUGAGAAGCCUCGUCAUUGCAUCGGCCACUCUCACCCUGUUCUUCCGUAUGGGUGUUAUCCUUGUGGCUGAUUACUACCUUGCCAUAUUCUUCCAGGCCAUUAGCAAUGAUUCGCCUUUGAUGAGUGGAGUGCACAUGCUGCCUGCAACGCUCGGCCUGGUCGUCGCCGCCGUGACUACGGGCUUUCUAACCCAAGCCACUGGCUAUUAUCUUCCAUGGAUUAUCGCAGGCAUUUCCAUCGCAACCUCCGGGUACGGAGCCCUAUCAACACUCAGUCCCACCACCCCUACUGCGCGGUGGAUUGGCUUCCAAAUCCUCUACGGCAUUGGCUCCGGUACAGGUGCUGCGGGUCCAUUCAUCGCGAUCCAGAACCUUGUUCCUCUCAAGCAGAUCCCUACAGCUAUGGCUAUGGUCCUCUUUGGCCAAAAUCUGGGCGGUUCCGUCUUUCUAGUCGUCGCCAACGCCAUCUUCAACAACAGCCUCCGAAAGCAGCUGCAGGAGCACGCAUCUCGCAUCGGCAUCGACCCGAACGUCAUCAUGGAUGCCGGCGCCCGCUCUGUGCGCAACCUGGGCCUGCCUGCCACCGGGGUGGCCGCCGUGGUGCAGUCCUACGCCAAUGCCGUAGAUCGGGUCAUGUAUCUCGGAAUUGCUGCAGGUCUCGCUGGGGUCAUCGUUAGCUGGGGCAUGGGCAAUAGCAAUAUUAUGGAGGUUAAGAAGCUCAAGGAACUUACUAAUGAAGCGAAGCCCGCAGCCUCAGAGGCAGACAAGCAGGAUACAGAGAAACAAGCUGCGAAGAAUAUCAAUGGCGAAAUCUAG